AAUUGAAAAUAAUCUUAUUAAUUGUCACAAUUAUUGCUAGGAAUCUAGAACAUUUUGUUUCUAGAUAAUGGCGUAAAAUUAUUGAAUGUUUUGUGAAUAUUCGUAUUUUAUAUGUCUCAUCUGUCGGUAUAUCCUGACUGAAAAUAUUAUUUGUAAAUAACGCUUGUUAUAUAUUAUGGGAGCAACAUUUUCUUUAAACAUACUAACAAAACUAUACGGAAAAUCAUCUUCCGUUCGCUCAAAUAUUGUCGAUUAUUGGUUAAGAUUAAAAAUUAACAGUCAUUCUGUACGAUUACGAUAGCGAUCGACAAAAAUGAAAUUAAACGAGCUUGUUUAUUGGUAUCAGAAGAAAAUUGGCACUUAUGAUAAGCAACAAUGGGAAAAAACCGUGGAACAACAUAUUCUUGAAGGAUUUACACAUGUCCCAAUGAGAACUGCAAAACUAAAAACGGAACUUAUUGAUGUAGAUCUUGUAAGAGGUUCUUCUUUCCCAAAAGCCAAGCCAAAACAUGGAUUGUCAACUGUAGCUUGCUUGGCACUUCAGCGUUUAUUGCUUCUUCCUUUAUAUAGAAAAUGGUGGAUACAGCAAACUAGUUUAACAAUUUUUACUUUAUUUUUAUUAUUGUAUAGUUUGCAACUGAUCAAUAUGGGUAUAUAUUUCUGUCAAAUGGCAAAGGACAAUGAAAGUGAUAUUAUAUCAACUUCAGAGGUAUUAAUACCUGCUAUUAUGAUGUUGACAUUAUGCGUUGUUCAUUCCCAUAUUGUGUCAACUCAUUCAGGACCAACAAUAGGCGAUGGACAAAAUAAGCAAAAAAUAGUUAGACGUUUAAGACACACUAGAUGUCGAAUGGGUAAAUCCAGGACAAGACAAAACCUGCGUUUGCAUAAAGAUUCUAAAUCAUCUCAAGAUACAGCAUCUGAAAAAGCUAGCACAGUAAGUGAUGAAGUAUUAACAUCUGUGCGAUUUGCUAAAAAGGUUGUAAUUGAAAAUUCUUUGACUGUUAGUCGGUCACAGGAAUUUCUGACAGCUCAAGCAUCUUGUGAUAAUGAGCCAAUGAAUGCGGCUGUGAACCAUCCCUUACCCAUAAAUGAGGCUUCAGCUAGUCAUACUCAAUCAAAUGAAGUUCCAGAUCCAAAUAUAAAAAAUAUACAUCAGGAUGAUGAUGGAUUUGAAAGCUUAAAUGGAAAUGUGUCCAGUGAUAAUGAUAAAAGUGCUGCACGAGUACCAGAGAAAUUUAAACAUAAACGGGAAUUACUUAAAAAUAAUGAGGAACGCAUUCUAUGGUUAGAAGAUUCUACUAGUCAACAAGUUUUGCAGUCAAAAUUUUCAGCACCUGAAUUAUUAAAGUCACAGGAAAAUUCCUCAAAUAGCGAAGCAGAAACUUCUAACAAGAUGGAUAAAGAUCAAUGUCUAAUGGGAAUAGGAUCAAGGGAAGGACGACAACAAUGCGAAAGUGAAGAAGAAGGAGAAUGUGAAGAAACAGUUACAAAUCAUUUAACAGAAGCUACAACAUCUGCUACAGAAUGGAUGGGAGUAACAACAAAUAGUGAUGAAUGUAGCUAUAGCUCAGAACUUGAAGAAUCUGAUCUCCAUAAUGAAACAAACAAAAAUUAUGGGGAAUUUGUUGAACACCCUUUUUCUUGGGAAUUUGAAUUACCACCCUCCAUAAUGCUUAUUUCUAAUUGUGCUUCAUACGAUCGUGUUUCCUGUACUAUAUGGACACGACGUGAUAUAAAAAAGGCUGAAUUAUCGGUGCUGGAUAUCAGCUCGGCUAUUAUUGCUAGAGUAGAAUCAAUGCCUGAGAAUAUGAAUUACUUUUAUGGAGGCUUAAUGCUUAGUGUGGUAUUAGCUUUAAUACCAUCUAUUAAACGAUUGAGUGAUCAUGUUGGGAUGGACAACAGUAGCAAUGUAACGAGUUCCUUAAUACCAAAUGACUUGACUUAUGUUAAUUUAGAAACAUAUAGUGAUAUUUUAGCUAAAAUUAUAGAUUUGACUUUUGGGACAACUCUCUGGGAACGUAUAGUAGUGCUUAUAUCAGCAUUUGAAAGACUUAUAUUAUCCUCUUUAUUAUUCUUUUUAUUAGCAGUUGCAGAACGUACUUAUAAACAAAGACUUUUAUAUGCAAAAUUAUUUUCACAUUUAACAUCGUCAAGACGUGCCAGAAAAUCUGAUUUACCACAUUUUCGAUUAAAUAAAGUACGCAAUAUAAAAUUGUGGUUAAGUGUCAGAUCUUAUUUGAAGAGAAGAGGACCGCAACGUUCUGUAGAUGUAAUAGUAUCAGCAGUAUUCAUUGUUACUUUAUUAUUGUUAUCAUUUGUGAGCUUGGAGUUAAUUAAGGAUCUUGAGAGUUUACAUUCCCGAUAUAACGUUGAAGCAUUGUUUUGGAGUUUUUCUCUUGGAAUAUUUAUAUUACGUUUUAUGACAUUGGGUACGAAAAUUAAUAAAAAAUACAGAAAUCUUUCUGUAUUAAUAACUGAACAGAUCAAUUUAUAUUUACAAAUAGAGCAAAAACCACAUAAAAAAGAAGAACUUAUGGUAGCAAAUAAUGUACUCAAAUUAGCAGCAGAUCUGAUAAAGGAACUUGAAUGUCCAUUUAAAAUAUCUGGUUUAUCAGCUAAUCCCUAUUUAUACACAAUUACAAAAGUAGUACUAUUAUCUGCUCUUUCGGGAGUGCUUUCUGAAUUACUUGGAUUUAAGCUUAAGUUACAUAAGAUAAAAAUUAAAUAAAAAGAGGGAUAUUAUAUUAAA